ACAAGAAAACAACUAUCGACUGUCAAAUUUUUAAUACGGAGACGUACAGAGAUAUGUUCAAAUUCGGUGAAAGCACUUUACCAGAUCCAUUACAGCUAUAUGAAAAUUGGCAAGAUGAAGAGCAAGGAAUGAAAAAUUGGCCACCUCUUUUUAUCACUGACUUAACUGCGUUUUUGAUGAGGUAUGAGACAGAUGACACUGCAAAGAAACAUCUAAACCAGUACAAAGUGGGAAAAGCAUACCAAUUUUUCCAAAGUGAAUGGCUAAAAGAAGUGUUUUACCACCAUGUUGACAGGACCACCUCAUAUUGUUUUCUGCGCGCUAAAUGCACCCCCUCACAGAGCCUAAGUUCUGAGCCCCACACAGUGUGGGUUUGCUGUGCCAAAGACUCUGGUGAAGUCAAGUCUGCUUUCUGUACUUGCACAGUAGGGUAUGGUCAAACAUGUAAUCAUGUGACAGGAUUGCUAUUUCGCGUGGAAUAUGCAAAUAAGAUGGGUUACACUUCAUGUACAUCCAACAAGUGCGAAUGGGUGGUGCCGAAAGAGAGACCAAUUGAGCCGGCAAUGAUAAAGGACAUAGCAUUUAAGAGAGCAAAGCAUAUAAAGCAUAUAAAGAAUUAAUUUAGUGCUGUUAGGCCUGAUAAUUUAAAACUGGGUUUAUAUAUAUACACACACACAGACACACACACAUACAUGUAAUGAUCAUAAUUAUUUACUAACAGGAAAACAAGAGCUUCAACUGCCAACAAGAAAACAACAUUUAAUACAAUGCCCGACGAUGAUGAAGACAACUUCCUAGCAGCCUUUAGGGAGUCACUGAGGAAAACUUUGCCAGACGCAUGUGUAUUCAAAGGUAUUGAUGUUGAUCCACAUAACCAAGCCAAGGGGCAGUCUACACAAUCAAAAGAACAUGUAAAGGAGAAAGAUUGUCCACAGAUCGACAUCCAGCAAUUUCUCAUGAAAUCUAUGAUCGAUCAGAUCUGAGCAUCAAGAUACCUUCUUCUACAGUUACUUACAUAAGUAAUAGUACUAAAGGGCAAUCCUCUAAUGCUAAUUGGCAUGACUUGCGAAAUAGUCGAUUAACAUCUUCCAACUUCUAUUCUAUUCACACUAAAGUGAAUUCCAUCAACAAUAAACCCACUGUUGUGCAUGAUGUAAAACCUCUUGUGAGAAAUAUCAUGGAUUAUACAAAAAUAAAUCCCAAUAUUAAGUCUCUUAAAUACGGUAGAGAAAUGGAACCAGUUGCUAAGGAAAUUUAUGUGAAAGAAAUUUGUAGAACACAUGAGAAUGUGAAAUCAGGAGAAUGUGGUAUUGUUCUUGAUUCUGUACACACUUAUAUUGCAUCCACUCCAGAUUUGUUAGUUUCAUGUUCAUGCUGUGGUGAUGGCUGUGUUGAAAUCAAAUGUCCAUUGAUAACAAAAUGUAGUACAUGUUUGUCAUUUUGUUCAUGCAUUAUUCCUGAAUAUCUUAGUUACAAAUCUGGAAAAUUAUCAUUGAAGAUUAAUCAUUCUUAUUUUGCUCAAGUUCAAGGACAGAUGUUUGUUACUGGAAGGAAAUGGUGUGAUUUUUUGUGUAUACUUGCAAUGGUACUUUUACAGAGAGAAUGGAUUACAAUGAAAGAUAUUUUACAGAUAUUUUCAAAAGUCUUCAGUACUCUUUCUUUUCUUUUGUAUUGCCGGAGUUAAAAUUUCACGGUAUUGAAAAAUCAAUGUGUGUGGAAUCAAUGGAAGUAGAUGAAAAUGCAAAUAAUGUUGAAGGAGAUACAUAUUUUUGUCCAUGUUGCAAUCAUGUUAUUGCUAACCAUGUCAAUGCCUUGAAAGACAGAAGUAUCUGUUGUGAGUUAUGUGGUUUGUGGUACCACUAUAAAUGUGUUAACUUAACAGAUGCAAAACUAUCGCAAAUACCAUAUUGGUAUUGUAGCGAAAGUUCUAUGUAAAUAAUGGAAUUGAUGCACACUAUUUUCAUGAACUUUCUGUACAAAUGUACUAUUCUUUUUUUGUUAUUAUAUUACAAUAACAGUGCAUGUAUUUAUGUACACUACUGCAUCAAUUCAUUUUUCACAGUAUGGACCUUUUGAGUAAGUGUACAUGUUCCAUGAUAUGUUAUUGUUAUGGUAUGUGAAAUUUGUAACAGAAUUUAUGUACUUUACUGUAUCAAACUAUAUUUCACAAUAUAAACCUUCUGAAUGAAUACUAUGGGGUAUAUAAUUAACCAUCAUAUGUGAAUAACAUAAUUAAUGUACACAACUGUAGGAAACAAUAUUAGCAUAUACACAAUAUGUUAAGGAGAUGUGUGUCUUUUCUCAAUACCACACAAUCUUUCAUCACAAUUCACAAACAUUCACUUGCAUUCUAUCUUGUUUUUAGAAAAUAUCCUGGGAUAUAUAUUUCCAGUUAGCAGAUUUUGAUAUAGUUCCCAGUUGUUGCAAUUGCAAGUAAUAUUUUAAAGUCAGCUCUUAUGUAUUUACAGUUUUAAAGUUGUAUAAAUGUACAUUACUGUAGCAAAGAAGACGAGAAAAAUCUUUGAAACAAUCAAGUUUUGAACCUGGGACUCAUGCAUUACUAGAUAUGUCCUCAACUCUCUGAAAUGUAGUGAAAAUAAGUCUGAAUAAUUGACACAAAGAUUACAGUAAUUUUGUGCAUGUUUUACUUUUCAUAUUUGUUGAUAAUUUAUCACAAAAUAUAAAUGUUU